CUUUUUUGGCGCGAGUUUGACUUCAACCGCCCAUCUGACAAAUUUGCAAAUAAAUAAACGAAAAAUUGCAAAUAUUCAAAUAUUAAAGCGAGAUGUCCUCCAACCCACUCUGCCUUCUUUGUUUACAAGUUAUCAACCAGGCGGCGAAACCCCCACGAAAAAUCAGACUCGAAGCUAUCUGCAAUUUGCUGAGCCUGUACUAUCAAAAUUACCAAUUUGGUCUUCAUUUACCACCUGACGUUGAAAAUAACAGGAUUUGCGAGUUUUGCGAUGAUUGUUAUCUACUCUUCAGCACAAUGGGAGAAAUUAGGAGGAAAAUUUCACUCCUGGAGGAAGAAAUUGGGUCAAAAAUGAAGAAAAUUCAGACCACAAUUUCUCGCACUUCCUUCUCCCCCCAGCUACGAAAUAAUGGAAUGGAAAAAAUUCUACACUUUCGUGAAAUCUUUCUCCGGUUGGCAGGAGAGAAUGAGGACAAUUUUGUAUCAGAGGUAGACAAGGUUCAAGUCAAAGUGGAGCAGGAGGAGGAAGAAGGAGGCGAAGAUGACCUUGACCCUCUCGCCGAUGUGAGUGACCAAUUCUACGUCGAUGACCUCGAUUCCUACUCUCAAGCAAGUGAUGAAAGCAACAAUGACGACGUUGACCCUCUCGAAUUCGUAGAUGUGGUGGACCAAUUAUUCUGUGACGACGUUAAUUCUUCCUGGGAGACAAAAAUUGAAAAAAUUGAGGUGCAAGAUUUUGUAGAUGAGGACCAAACUGCUUUUGAUAGUAUUUCUUGGGCUCAAAACAACCUGACAAAACCUAAAAAAAAUUUCAACUGCGCUACGAAACGCAAAAGAGAAGAUUCUCCCCCUCUACCAAAAAUUACGAGUAAACGGCGGCCCGAUGCAGUGUCAACGCCGCAAUUUUCAACCCGCAUCAAAAAACGAAUAGCUUCACCCACAGGGGUCAAAAAUCUUGUUUCUUCCCCCAAAAAGAUCCGUCCGGUUAAUCCAAUUUCAAACUGGCUAUCAGUAGAAGGCGACGAUGUAAAAUUUACACCGGAUUGGACCCCCAGCAUUGAGCACGUCGACUCCAUCGCGACUUCUGACGCCAUCCGCUCCCGCAAAUGCACUCAGUGUGCCAAAUCUUUCAAGGCGGAAUCUACCCUUAUUUUGCAUACCGCCCGCUGCCACGGUACUCCCUGCAUCGCACCGUUAUGCACGGCCACGUUUCACUCCAUUACAUUGAGGGACGCCCACAUGAAAACUGUCCAUGGAGGUCUGACCCCUUACAAGUGUAGAAUUUGCACAAGCAAGUUCCGUUCCCAAAACGAGCUAGCUGCGCACAUGGUGAUGCGGCACGAAAAAGGAGAAAAGAAAUUGUCCUGCGUCAAAUGCGGGACGAAAUUCUGCCUCGAGGAAAACUUGGCGAGACAUUUGACACUGCAUGACGUCGAGGGGAUCAAACCCUUCGUUUGUGACCUCUGCGACAACCGAUUUGAAAGCCAGGAACGUCUCAAGAGACACUUGGCAACACUAAUUCAUUCAAACCCAUUCCAGUGUUCUGAAUGUCCACAGAAGUGCAGGACCAAGGCGGCGUUGGAGAGGCACUUGAGGAGCCACACUAACGAAAAAACUGUGAAAUGUCCUCACUGUGACCAAGUCUAUGGCAAUAAAUACUCCCUACAGCAUCACAUCGCACGUGCCCAUCCUUCCGGACCAGCCACUCAUAUUUGUCACAUUUGUGGGAAGGGGUAUUACGUUCAUUCCGACCUCAAGAUGCACCUCACCCGUCACGAUGGGACGUUUAGAAAGAAAUGUGACGCUUGUGGCGAAAAUGUUUUAUCAUCAAGCAGCUUACAAGCUCACCUUGUCAAGAUGCAUGGCAAGGACUCGUUUGUUCAUGACGAACGGAAUAGGGGAGCUGGUUUUACAAGCCGGGAAGAAUUUAAACGUCGUAAGAAAAUCUACACAGGGGAAAAACUGCACAAGUGCCAGACUUGUGGGGCCUGUUUUACGGAGAAGACGAGUCUUGACCGACAUACAAGAGGUCACACGGGCGAGCGACCGUACGCCUGCCCCCACUGCGACAAGGCCUUUAAGAUGAGGAGGGAUAUAAGGAACCAUGUAAAGGUUAUCCACACUCCAGGCUACGUUGCUCCCACCCCGCACAAAUGCCCCCAUUGCGAUAAAGGAUAUCGAACUCCUUUCUGGUUGAGAUGCCACAUUCGCCAAUCGCACACGAGAGAGCGGCCCUUCGUUUGCGACCAGUGCGGAAAAGGGUUCACGGUCAAGUCGGGGCUAUCUCGGCAUUUGAAAACGGCCCAUGGUAUCUUUCCAGAGAAGACAAAUCGGUUGCCAAGAUUGUAAGAGGAUGCGUCUCAUGCCAGAAGAAGCCAAUGAUUAAGAAGUUGAAGAUUCAAGAGUUGGAGUUGGUAUCUGGCAUUGUUAAAUUUCAAGUUUUAUCAGUAUUAAGUAACUUAAGCUAAAUAAUUUAAGUGACUUCAAUUAUUUAGCUUAACAAUGCUCAUGUGCUAUUUAACUUAUGUUAAUAAGCAGACAAGUAAUAGAGUAAACAAGGAACUAAUUUAUGUACCAAUAU